ACGACGCGCUGCCUGCUGCUCUUCCGGCCAUGUGUUUACACCCAGCAAUCCAGUCCUAAAUGUAAACAGAGUCUUGACAGUUCAUGUCGUGUCUCUUUGAAAUGUUUCUUGAAAAUGUGAGACCGUUUGUGUAUGGCUCGUGUUUCAGAUACAAAUGUUGUUGUGUUCUCGUGCCGGUUUGAAAUCCCCCGAGCGUUUCUUGCUACACCGGGCGCACUGCUAACGUUAGCUAACAUUGACUAGCCAAACAGUGAUGACCGCUGGACACUUCUGCAGUUGCUCAGCUUCUCAGGGUCGGACGGGGUUUUUUAAACAAGAGGUUAAAUGAUGGGGUCCGUACGCUGGGCCUUUCGGUGUGGCUCGUGGACCCCGAGCCGGGCCGAGUGGCUGCUCGCCGCUCGGUGUGUCCAGCAGGAGGAGAAGGACAGAAUCGGACAGUUCAUGUUUGCUAAGGAUGCCAAGUCAGCCAUGGCUGGCAGGCUGUUACUGAGGAGGCUGGUGUGUGACAGGAUGGGGGUUCCCUGGUCAGAGAUCCGCCUGGAGCGCUCCCCCAGAGGGAAGCCUUACCUGGCAGCACCGGUGCAGGUCACUGCAGAUUCGGGGGCUGAGCCCUGGGCUUGGAGCUUCAACCUCUCCCACCAGGGCGACUACACUGUUCUCGCUGCAGAGCAGGGGCUGCAGGUCGGUGUGGAUGUCAUGAAGACCACCAUGCCAGGUAGCACCUCCGUGUCCGAGUUUUUCCGCAUCAUGACUCGUCAGUUUACAGAGCAUGAGUGGAGCGUCAUCCAAUCAGCCGGCUCGGAACGCCAGCAACUCGCCGCCUUCUACCGCCACUGGGCGCUGAAGGAGAGCUUCAUUAAGGCCAUCGGCACAGGGCUGGGCUUCAACCUGCAGAGGGUGGAGUUUCACCUUUCCUCUGAGCCCGUUACACAGGAGCGGGCGCUGCGCCAGACCAAGAUGCAUCUGGAUGAAGAGGAGGAAGAGGACUGGAUAUUCGAAGAGAGCUUAUUGGAUGCAGAUCAUCAUGUUGCUGUGGCGCUCGGACCACCAGAUAAAGCUGGAGCUGGGCCUCCACUGUCAUCUCUUCCUCCUCCCUCCACGUUUACGCUGCUGUCGUUCAGUGACCUCAUCAGCUCGGCCUCACCCCUGACAGAGGAGGACCCCGCCUACUGGGACAGCUUCAGCAGGAAGGCCAUAGCGCCAGAGAGACAGUCAGACACACACACACCCAAGUAAACUGGCCAGACCAGACUACGGUGGAGAGACGAAAAGACACACACCUGGCAGCGCAGCACUGAUGCUGAACCAUACUUGGAAAAGUGCAAAGAAAGAAGCGAAACUCUAGAGAAACAUAACACUGCUGUCUGGAGAACUGACGUUAAAAAACACACCAUGACAUAAUGUCAUGAUUCAUUUCGUCAGACCUAUACAAACAUGAAUUCUGCACUGAGCUGCUCAUUACUGAUGCCUGUAAGCCUCCACAGCCUGAUGGCAGCCAGGAGAGAGACCAGGGACUGAAACAAUAGGUAGAUAAUAGCUAUAAUCAGUAAUAAAUGGUGUACAAUGUGCAGUAUGUCAGAUAAGAACUGCAGUAUUAAUAAAGAGUUAAUGGAUUAUGAUGUAUGAUUGUCAGUUCAGCACGUUUCUUGUCCCAAAAAGAGAAAUUCACUUGGCAGCCAGGUGUAAAAGCAUAACAAACACAGCAACAUACAGCACACACACCGCACAUUUCAUAUUCAGUUAGAAGCAGUAGACUUCAGUACACUUAUGACCCUGGGAAUUAAUGAAUUUGAGUAUUAUCCUCGCCUUCCAGGUGACAGAUGAAUAUCUUGUUUAUUGAGAUUUGUAAUUUUAUGUCUGCUUACACACUUGCUAGGUGAGGCCAUUGCGUAGUGAUACAGAAACAAAGUAGUUCCACUAGUUAGCCAGUAAGGGGGCUGGAAAAAAAGUGUAGAUAUUGAAUCCCAAACAAAAACUGUGUUGCUGUGCAUCCUUCAAAACAUUUUUUUUUUCAGCUUUGGGUUGCUGGUCAAAACCAUAUUGUUUGGUGGGUCAGGAUCUACAGGGUGUCCAUAAAGUCUCUUUACAAUUUAACAAAUUUAUUACAAAAGCAAAUGAACAGAGAAAUCUGUGGAAAUUAUCACAAAAUGAGG